AUUUUCAUAUUAUUUAUGGCAACAUUGAACGUCUGACGUUACAUUUCUAAUGCCAAAAAAAGAAAAAAAAUUGUGAAGUGAUACGUGAGGACGUAAUAUUUCCAAAGUGAAUUUAUUUGCUUUCACUAUAAAAUAUAUUAAUAUUUGUGAUAUUAAAUCCAAGUAUUUUGAAUGCAUUAUCGUGCGUGCUAGUUAUUGUUUAUGUCAACGACAUGAUUAUAGAAAAUCCGGACCUUUUUAAAUCGUGGUUGACGUCCAUAUUGGAACCACUCUGCGAUGCGGACCCGGCUGCCCUCGCCAAGUAUGUGUACGCUCUGGUGAAGAAAGACAAGCCGGUGGACGAGCUGCGCGACGUGAUGGUCGACCAGUUAGACGUGUUCCUGCAGCAGGAAACCAAACCGUUUGUAGAGAUGCUGUUUACAUCUCUGGAGAGUCAGGAGUACCUCAAGCUUGGUCGCGAAGGUGAAAGACGACAGACGCCUCCGCCUGACCAGGCUGAGGCGGACAAACAACCCGAGGAAAACCAUGUGCCCCCUCCACUGCCGGCGGCCACGGCUCCCGCGCCGGCGCCCGUGCAGUGCAACGGUCCCGCGCGGCCGCGCUCGCCGCGACAGCGCGUGGUGAUGGUGCGCGGCGCGCCGCCCGUCGCGCCGCACGCCGCGCCACACCCCGCGCCGCACCCCGCGCCGCACCCGCACCCGCGCGCGCCCCCACACGAACACACGCUCGUAAAGGUAUUGCCUCUAACGGAGCUGCUGGAAGAGCCAGUGGAUCAGCCGCCACGCAGAAGGGACAGGAGAACUGAUAGCGCGCGCGACAAGGAAGAACGCAGACGACGCCGCUCGCGCUCGUGGGAGCGACGCGCACGCGCACGCCGCCGCGACGACCACCGACACGACCACAGACGCGGGUCCCGGUCGGCCUCCCCGCGCGGCCGCUAUCGCAACCGCAGCCCGCCGCCGGCCGACGCGCCGCACCAUGGCUCCAGAUCCAGAUCUCCGUUGCCGGUGCGCGAGAGGACGCGCGUGGUGCGCGAGAUGGAGCGCGACAGGAUGUCGAGAGACCGCGACCACAGGGACAGACUGUCGCGCGACCGCGAGAGGUCGCGGGAUCGCUCCCGUUCGCGUUCCCGCUCCGGAUCUCCGCGGACUGACGCGAGGCCAGAUCUCUCGGACCCCUUCAAACGGCGAUGCAGAGACUUUGACGAGAAAGGUUUCUGCAUGCGCGGGGACCUGUGCCAGUGGGACCACGGCACCGACCCGCUGGUGCUCGAGGACGCAGCGCUUACCAGGGUGCUCACCAUACCGCCGCCCGUGCCCGAGUACAACCCGCUGACGCCGGACAUCUGGUGCGGCUCCGGCGCGUUCCCGCCCUACCCGCACGCGCACCACCACAACCACCCACCCAGGGAACUCAUACCUAUACCCAGGGUACGUCACGAGCCUCCCCCUCCGCUGGCGGGCGCGGGGGUGCCGCCCACCCCGCUGCCGCGACACCCGCCGCCAAAGAAAAACUUCGAGUACAGCAGACUUGGACAUCCCCGGCCCCCACUGUCUGCCAAUCUUGGCAAUUGCACGCUGGAAGUGAAGAAGAUUCCGCGCGGAAUGAACGACAUAACACAUCUCAACAAUCACUUCUGCAAGUUUGGAAAGAUUGUCAAUAUACAGGUGUGUUACGACGGCGACCCCGAGGCUGCUCUCAUCACGUUCGCCAGCCCGACAGACGCGAAUGUCGCGUACAAGAGCACUGAAGCGGUUCUCAACAACAGAUUCAUCAAAGUCUACUGGCAUAAUACUGAGAAUAAACAAGAGAACAUGGCGCCUGGCAGUCAACAGCCAAACAAACCAGGCGAGCGCCCCAACUCGCAGUAUCCCGUGUCGCAUAACAAGGUGCUCAUCAACCGGGGCAACAUCAAGGCCACGCAGGACACGAAGCAACAGAAUGAUAAGGAGAAGGAGACUGCUAACGGUCAAGAGCCGAAGAAGGAGCCGGUGAAGCCUGCGGAUAAAGUAAAACAAGUGUUAGAGAUGUACAAACGAGCGCAGGCGCUGUUACAGAAACAGUUGCAGCAACAGAAACUGCUCAUUGAGAGACUAGAGAGUGGCAACGUGGUGGAAACUCAGAAACCAGUCCUGAUGGAAGCUAUUAACUCUUCACAAGAGGGCAUUGAGAAGUUGAGGAAAGAGGUGGUCAAAUACAGCGCCAUUAUCAAACAAAUGCAGGACGAGACCGUAGCGCGGGGUCUAUCGCGCCUGCAACUGUCGCAGCCGAGCGUGAAGCGGCCGAAGACGAGGGAGGAGGCGGAGAAGGAGAUCCUCGAUGCGGAGAUGGACAUGUUCAACAAGGAGCAGGCGGGGCAAGAUGUGAGCGAGCUAGUGCAGAAAAUAGGCGAAUUAAAACGUCAGAUGGCGAUACAGUUCCCGGUACAUCCGACGAUAAGGAGACCACACGCAAGAGGUGGUAGGUUCGCGACGCCGUCCCGUUUCUCCCGCGGCGGCAUCACGAAGAUGUACAGCGUGAAUCAGUCAGUGGACCACCGGCCGCGUGCGCUGCUCAUCUCCGGCUUCGAGGCGGACGAACUCGACGCACUCGUCGCGCACUUCUCCCAAUUCGGCGAGGUGAUGAGCAAGCAGGCGGAGCUGUCGGUGCCGCAGCUGGUGCUGCAGUACCGGAGCCGCGCACACGCCGAGCUCGCCGCCGCGCACGGACGACACUACAACGACAGGACGCUCUCGAUCACGUGGGUGACGAAGGCGAACGCGACGAAGCCGGUGGGCGGCGCGGAGGCGCGCGCUCCCCCCGCCGCCCCCGCACCACCGCCCGCCGCGCCCGCGCCCGCACGCAACGGAGACGCCGCCGCCGCCGAUGACAACAAGGAACAUGCUGUGGAGGUGUCCGAGGACGCGCUGCUACGCUUCGACGAGGAGGAAGAGGAGGAUGCGGAAGAGGACCGGUCAUGGCGUCGUUGACGGCGCGCCGGUCGAUAGCCGCGGCCGCGCGGCUGACUCCGGACACACCGGGCACCGGACACACCGGACACCGGACUCGCCGGAGCACCGGAGCCGCCGGACGACACGCCGCACCACUGCCACGCCUCUUAACACCCUAGAUCGAUAUACGCUUAUAUCAAGGUUUUAAAUAUCGAUAUUGAUACGCGAUCUGCGGUGACCGCUGUUCGCUAUCGAUGUUUUUGAUCUACGCGUUAUAUACGUCCAAUUUCGUUACUCAUCUUGAAGUGGUGUAUUUGUCGAUAAAAAACAUCGACUGUUACAAAUUAUAUUGAUCACUAUGCAGUAACGUAUUUUUGAGUCUAAAUCGUCCCAUUCAAGUGAGCAGUAGAAAAUAUUUCAUUAUUUUAGCACAAUGCGGUACAAUUAGAGCCAAAAACAAUCGCGGUUAUUUAUCGACAAAUCAUCGACUUCGGGUAUUCAACACUGCCCACAAUACCUUAGGGAUUGUAAUGCCUUAUUUACUUUAAACUUCUGAAACGCUUAUUGACAGUAUUUUAAGAAUCUUAUGUUUUGGCUCUGUCAUUUGACGUCAUACGACAUACCCUUAACAAUUAAAAUAUUGUCAUUAAACGUUAAUGGAGAAUGGUGUUUAUAUCCUUAUUCAUAAAUACUCAAUAGCAAAACUAUUGAAUGUUUUCUUUAUACAGACUACUUUUAGGGCGAGUUAUAAAUGUCGAUGUUUUAAUUUGUAACGUGCAAUGACAGACGGACAAUCCACGCAAUAAUAGCACGCUUAAAUCCAUUAAAAUAAAAUGCGAAAACGCUAGUAGUUUAAAUGGUCAUGAUGCGGACUACACGCUAAAUGUUCAGGGUAAGUAGCUGCGACACGGUAGAAACAAAACAUUAAAUUGUUAUGUAGUGUUGAAUGUUUAUGAAUAAGGGUAGUUUUUAAAUCGACGUUUUUAUGUCGAUGGAUGCGGUUUUCGUGAAACGCGCUACAGAAUUAAGGUUAAAUGUCUAUUGCAAUUUUCGACGAAACAAUUUUAGCAAUUCUUCUUUUUAUUGUGUAACGUUUUUUUAAACAAUACCAAUUUCGGUACAAGUUAAAAGUUAACUAUUUCAUGCUCUUUAUCUAAAAGGGACAUUUUAAAAUAUCACUACAACAAUGACACUUCGGACAUGGUCGAAAUUUUAAGUCUAGAAAUAUUAUAUUACCGAUAGGCGAAUCACACUACACAGAAUAGUUGAACAACUGUCAAAAGAAUUAGGUCCCAAGUUAUCGCGUUUCACGAACAUCGCGUCGAUUCCUAAACGCUUAGUAAUUUCAGUACAAAACAAAUUAGGUAUAGGGUAGCGACGGCCCGGCAGUGCGUCGACGUGUUUACAACUAUGUUUACGAGCCUGGUCGCGACGGGGCGCGGCGCCGCUCGCGGUCCGCCGAAACUGACGGGGAUGGUCGGUUACUGACAUGGGCUACACCACGAUAUCAAGCCAGUGUUUAGAGAAUUACUGAUCUCAGAAAUUUGCCCAUUUUCAUGAAACUUUGCCUAUUUAAUAUCGAUCUAUAACGUCAUAAUACGUUAGCAGUAGUCGACUUAUUUUGCCUACUGUACCUCUCGGGUACGUAAUAGACACUACAAUAGUGUAUUCAAAUGGUGAGUGCGUGUCCAUUCUCACAUGGAUGUAAGUAUAUUGAAGCCUAGUUUCGGUUGUGGUAGCGUCGUGCUCUAAUGACGGUGCUUACGAUUACGUCAGUUUAGAACUGUCCGAUCAAUACCGUCAGUUUUAACUGACCGUGAGUAAUCCCUAAAAGUAACGCUUGUAAAUUUAUCCCCACGUCCCGCGAACCGUCGCCGCCAGAGUGUAUUUUGUAACGUCAAAAUUAUAGCUCUUAUCUUAGGAUAAGAUGGUGGGUUAGUCUGGAUUUUGAGUCUAGGUAGUGAAGGCGUAACUGAAGUCUUACCUCAAAUUAGUCACGUUAGAAUCUGGUUUAUUUAUAUUCUAGAUUAUUGUAGUACAUUCUCCUAAUAUAAUAUUUAACGAUUUAUAGUUAAGUAAAAAAAAAACUAAACUAAAACUAAUUUUAGCUAACUUUAGCGCAACUUAAUCUAAAUCCAGCUAAGUUAGGAUAUAAAGUUAUGUUACCACGAAUGUUAGAUGAAAUUUAGGUCGAAAUCCAGACACUCCCCAACAGACUAGACGUAAAUCGAGUGCUCCCAAUAGCGUACAAAACAUGCAAUAAAAAACAGCCCGCUCUAAUGUAACGUUUUACAACGUUUUCAUUUUUGUAUAUAGGAACAAAGUUUUUACAUAUUAUGUAUAAAAAUUUGCUCGUCAUUUGAUUCGUUACGUCGGGUGCGUGUCUUAUCUUGUGGGCGGUUAGUCUUGGAGUCGAUAUGGAAUGCGGAAAGAGAUUGCUUUUUGUAUUUUGAACUACCUAUUGCUAAAAACUUGAAAAAUCACAGCUCCAUAAUAGAUAAAAAUGUAAUAAAAUUGUACUCUAUUAAAAUAGCGAUUUUUUUAAAUAUAUUCACGCUGACCAACUGGGUUACCUUAUGAUACGUAACCGCCAUCAUCUGCAAACAUUUCUGACAGAUUAUCAAACAAUGGUAGAAAUGAAAUUACAAACGAAGAUUAAAAUACACUCUACUACCUCCAUGGAUCUCUAAACCUUCCACAAGACAGACCCCACCCAACAUAAUUUGUAAAUUGUUUAUAAAAUGCGUGACGCAUUUAUUGUUUUUAUUUUUUUUAAACGUAGAGGCUUAGUUGAUUUUACAGAUAUUUUCUCUUUUGUCUGACUUUUUUCAUUAAAUAGAAUGCAAUGUUUUCGACAUGCCUAUUUCCUUGGACGGUUGUUGGUUGUUGACCAAAUGUGGACGCACGUGAUGUGUUCCAUGCAUAUUCUCCGUGACGCAUGCGAUUAUUGUGAGGUCGGAUGUACUCAAGUCCAUCCGUCACAUAAUAUCUAAUAUCUGUUGUCUAAGACUUUUGAAUAUGGGAUGCAAAAAAAUAUUUAUAUACAUACAAAUGUAACAUGAUUAAAAAAUAUUUCAUAGGCUGUCCUCUCAUGGCGUAUCGAUUAUAUAAUAUAUAUUAUUUUUAUAUAAUUUUCGUUAUGUUAUAAAAAUAAUAUAUAAUCCCUCGCAAUUAAUAAUUGUUUAGACUCUGACUCAAGACAAGUUUGACUUUAUAGGCAACAUUGAACUUUCGAUUAAGGGAUGCGUUUCAUAUACGGCAACCUUGGUUACAAGCUUAAUUCCGGCUUUUCACCAUUUUGUAGCUGUUGUUUUUGUCUCUUUUUCUUUUAACUAUUUUAUACGAAUAAUGAGGACAAAGCCAAGCAUCGUUGAAGCCCGUAAUGUCACAACGUGACAUUACUUCGUAUUUACAAGCUAAUGUUGCUAAUAUAUACAACCAGGCGCGGCGCUAAGAGAUAAACGACCUAUCCGUUAAGUCCGUGAUUAAAAAAUAUAUAAAUAUUGUCUGCUCGAAUUAUGCGCCUACGUCAUACGGAGCUUGCUUAAUACAAAUUAUAUUAUAUUUAAAGAACUAUUAAUUGUUGUCAGAAAGGUACUUAGGUUGGCGAAUGUGGACUUUUCUUAUCAAUGCUGAAAUAUUUUUCACACAAAUGUGGUCAUCAAUCAACAAUUACUCCGCAUAUACAAGAAUAAAUAUUUAUUAAGUUAUUUCAAAUUUAUAUUUUAGUCGUGUUAGUUAUAAGGUGUUUUUUUUGUCUUUUAUUAGUGAAAUAGUCAUUAUUGAUAAAUUUUUAAUUAUUUUAUUUUGUAAAGGGGGUUUGUUGGAGAAUACUUAACUUUUAGCAGGAGUACAUUUUUUGGAAACGGGAAAAUGGUGCAACGUAGUUGACGAUAAAAUUCUCUUCAAUAUAAUAACAAAAGUAUAAAUGUUAGUUUAUAAUACCCUAACAUAAAAAUAAUUUAAAACCUAAAUAUACUUAACACUUCUUAAUACAGCCUUUAUGUUAUUAUACUACCCAAAUUAACACAAUUCCAAAAUUAACUUUCAUAAACUAGAGUUGCUCCAUAUAGACACUAUUUAAAAUUUAUCGACACUCCGAAUCGACAACAAACCCCCCUACCGUACAUAGAAUGUUGCUUGUUUUCUCGUAUCGAUAAACCCGAUGCGCUCGGUCCCUCACACCUCUAAGAGUGAUAUAGUGGCUGAUUGAGAAUCAAACCAUACAUACAAAAUGUGUCGUUUCAAUUAUCGCAUGAGAGCCUACUUAUUUUAAAGCUUACAAAGUCAAACAAUUUAUUGAUGGUUUGAUUUUCAAUAUGAAAGGCCAUAAAUUGAAAAGUCCGAGCAGAUGGGCGAUAACAUUCAAUUAAUGAAUUCGUGCACACAUUAAAUGAAAUCAUGAGAAAAAUAAUGUUCAAAACUACAAAUCAAUAUGAAACUGUUUGACACAAGUAAAGGCUUUAAAAUAUUAUGUUCAUAUUAAUCGUCUCAUGAAUAAUAUUAUCGUAGAAAUUGAAUUAGAUAACAUAAAAUGCUUUUCAUAAAUCGUGAAACCGUUUAUACGUACAGGUAAAUUUGCCUCUUGCGCAUGUGAAGGAAAAUAGAAUACAUAUUUGCAAAACAUAUGAAAUGGAUUUUAACAAUUAUUGUUAAAUCAAAAUAAUUAUAAUAAUCAUAAAAUUGGACAACAGGACUUUUAAAUAUCAUACAUUUAGUGCUAGGGCUUUAUAAUUCAAUGGGUUAAUGGAUUUGUAGUUUUGCACAUUAUCGAACAACCGAAGAACUAAGACUGUUUACAGAAAUUACGAAUUUAUCGCAAAUCUGCACACAUGUCACUCGAAAACCGAGCAAAAUGGGACAUAAAUGUACAGUUAAUGUUAAGGUCCGUGCAAAUUCAUGUAAAACAAAUUGUAUAAAAUAUGCGAUUGAAAAAAAGAUGACUAAAACCUGUCCGCGCACGCCUAAACAAAAAAUGAUACAGCAAUAAAUAUGGCGGCGCUAAAAGAUUUAUUUUUGGAAAUGUCACUUAAAUAAUGGCGGUGGUGUGAGAGUUGUAACACAAGAAAAAAUAAACUUGUGAGAUGUGUUGUUUUGUAAAAAAAAGAAUGUUAAAAAGAUUGGACCACCGCCAAAAUA